CAGUAUUCCCCGCCCGCUCUGCGUGCGCCUGCGCCUGCGGCCCCACGGCACAAAUGGGCCACGCUGCGACCGCCAGGUUCCCCUUCGCGGCAGGUCGCCAGCGUCCCGACCCCAGUGCUCAGGCCGCUAGGACGGGGAGGGAGGGAAGCUCUGCUGUCCGCACUCAACGGAGCUGGUGGUCUGAGUCAACCGCGUGUGACGACCCUUGGCCCUCCAGCCGUCAGCCUGGGAGGUGCAUCUGUGUGGAGGGGAGACGCUCUGGGGCACCUCCUCUUCGCGGCCAGCCCGACUCGUUGGAUGCCACAGAGGGACACAGCGCAGCCCUCGGAGGUUGGCAGGUGACUCCUGAGUGUCAUCCUGUAAGUGGCAGAGCCACGCUGGAAACAUUGGCGUGCCGCUUCACACCCCAUGCCUUCGCUAGGAGCAGAUAAAGCACCUUCGAGCUGGACGAGUGGCGGAUAUGAUCUCAACCUCUUCACGAGCCCUCCCGACUGCAGCUUGCUGUGCUCCGUAUGCCACGGCGUUCUCAAGAGGCCAGUGAGGUUGCAGUGCGGCCAUAUCUUCUGCAAGAAAUGCAUCCUCCGGUGGCUAGCCAGACAAAAGACCUGUCCGUGCUGCAGGAAAGAAGUCAAAGGGAAAAAGGUGGUCCAUGUAAAUAAGCUCCGGAGGACCAUUGACCGCUUGGAAAUCAAGUGCAGGAACGCAGAGGCUGGCUGCUUGGUGACGUGCCCCCUGGCCCAUCGCAAGGGGCACCAGGACUCCUGCCCUUUCCAGCUGAUGGCCUGUCCCAACGAGGGCUGCCCGGCACGGGUGCUGCGGGGGGCCCUGGCUGAGCACCGGCAGCACUGCCAACAUGGGGCCCAGCAGCGCUGCCCGCUGGGCUGUGGGGCCACCCUGGGCCCGGGGGAGCGUGCCCAGCACAACUGCUACCAGGAGCUGCGGGAGGCCUGGAGCCAGCGGCAGGAGCGCAGCCAGAGCCUGGUGCUGGGCCUGCUGCGGCGCAUGCGCAAGGUGCACCGUGCCACCAACUUGAUCCGCAGGCAGCUGGCCCAGCUCGGGGACUUCCUGCAGGAGGACGAAGCGCUGAUCGUGGGCACUCCUCAAGAGGCGGCCAGAGCCACCCUAGAAGGCAGCAUUGGGGCCGAGGUGUGAGAGGCCCAGGGCCUAGGUACCUGUAAUUAGAGGCGUAAAUAAACCCGGAACCCAGGCCUGGUUCCCUCUGCCACCAC